UGUGCUUGCCGGACUACUUUCAGCGCACGAUUCUUGGUUUGCUCCGUUUGCGCGAUGCGUUGUGUUCAUCGGCCGUGACGAAACGAAAAAGCAUCGUGAAUUGACACCGCGUCUAACAACGCUGCUGCUGCCAGUAUGACCCAGUACCUGCCGCCGAAUCUCUUGGCGCUCUUCGCUCCCCGAGACCCCAUCCCGUACUUGCCGCCGACAGACAAACUGCCCCAUGAAAAAACCCAAGGGACAUACACCGGCGUGUCGCAGUACUUGAAUUUAUUCGAGGACCCGAAGGACACGCCACCUCCGACGCGCGUGGAGACCAGGGAAGAACGCAUCGAGCGUAAGAGGAGAGAGAAGGCCGAGCAGGUCGCCUACAAACUAGAGCAGGACAUCGCGCUAUGGGACCCGUACAACAACAGUUCAGGCACCCUAGACCCCUUCAAGACCCUCUUUGUUGCACGGAUUAAUUAUGACACCUCUGAGUCAAAGCUGCGUCGAGAGUUUGAGGUGUUUGGCCCAAUCAAAAAGAUUGUCAUCGUGCACAACAAGAUCACCGGCAAGCCCCGGGGGUACGCCUUCGUCGAGUACGAACAUGAGCGGGACAUGCACUCGGCCUACAAGCAUGCUGACGGGAAGAAGAUUGAUGGGCGCCGGGUGUUGGUCGACGUCGAGAGGGGCCGAACUGUCAAGGGCUGGCUGCCACGACGUCUCGGUGGUGGCUUGGGUGGCACCCGUCGUGGCGGCCCUGACGUAAACACCAAACACUCUGGCCGUGAGGACUCUCGCAUGGAUGAACGGUACAUGGACAGGGAUGGUCGUGAUCGCGAGGACCGAAUGAUACGUGGUGGUGAGCCACGUGGUGGUGGUGGUGGCGGUGAACGGGACCGAGAACGUGAAAGGAGACGCAGCCGCAGCCGAGACCGGGAGCGCAGGCAUCGAAGCGGCAAAGAUGACCGUGAGCGUCGUGAGCGGCGCCGUGAUAGGCCGGACAGGGAGCGGCCUGAUCGAGAGCGUCCCGAUCGAGAACGGCCCGAUCGGGAACGGCCUGACAGAGAGCGGCCAGAACGGGACCGAGGGGACCGUGACCGUGGGGACCGCGACCGCCGAGAUCGUGGCGACCGACCCGACCGUGCCGAUGAUGGCGGCGAAGUGCCUCCAGAGCGCGAGAAGCGCCGUCGGAGCAGAAGUCGGGAGCGAAAACGCAAGCGGAGCCGCAGCCGUAGCCGCGAGCACAGACGCCGCCGGGAGCGCAACGGCUCCGAGCGGGGUGUCGACGGCAUCAAGCAGGAGCCGGUUAGUGGCGAUCAGUUGCAGCAACAGCAGCCACAAGACGGCUUUGUGGAAGACAGCAGAUCGGCUGGUGGGCUGGGAGGUAACUACGAGUCAACCAACGCUGAGGGCUAUGGCAGCGGUGUUGAUGGGGGAAGUGGCUACAACAGUGAAAGCCAAUCGUCAUUCAAGAUGGAGAGGACCGAGGAGUACAACUAGGCUGCGGCACACCAGUGGCAUGGACAAGUUUUGUCUUAGGAUGCAUUCGGAGUCUCCAUGGGAGACUGGCUUCUGGGAGGGAGCGUGCAUGUUGCCUGCCCACAUGCUCCUUCUUAGCAUUUCUUUACACCAUAAACUCUGGUUCUCGUAAUGACAGAAAUCAUUAACAGCUAUCAUCCGUCAUUGCAGUCAUGUUUUUGUAUAAUUUUUCUCUUUGGCCGUAUGGCUUCCCACUGCCCGAUUGUUACAGACUAGCCGUUUGCACAUUCACAUUUUCUCACUGCACAAGCUAGCCAACCACUUCACAGUAAUCUGCAUGAACUGAUUACACAUUUCCAGAAAAUUAGUUGCUUGAAGAGAAAGCAAGCUGCUUGUCUAGCUGUUAAAUAGAGCGAGAGAUUUCUAAUCACAUUCAUCGUACAAGAAGGGUUGGUAAGUAGGAAGCCUCUGUGGAGGUAAGUGUUGUUGCAGGAGAUACAGGAACUAAGCUUUUAGAAUUGAAUUUAUUCUGGAAGGAGCAUGCUGGGCUGUGAUUUUUCACACACCAUGGUCUGGUAACUUGCAUUCAAGAAGCCCAAAUAAAUUCGUGACACUUCUACAUU